UAACAUAGCUGGCAGUACGGGGGAAUAACGUACCAUAGUAGUGUAUUUUAUUCUUUUUACGCAAAUGCUAAUAAAUAGAAAUGGGAGAAACAAAUCGCAGCGGUAACAACAACAAUAACAACAACAUGUACGGACGGGAUACAAUGAACGCUGCUGCACCACUUCACCACCACCACCAACACCACCAAACUCAGAUCGACGAUGAUGACGACGACGACGUCACCGCCGCCGGUGGUGGAGAUAACCCUACUUCUCACAUUCGAUACGACCAUCAUCCUCACGCGCUUCACAACAACGGCGGCGCGUCGAUGGAUGCUAACACGAUGAACGGUGUGGAUAACGCCUUGUAUUGUCCACCUUCGGAUAUUGUUACGGCUGCUGGUGGUGGUGGUAGUGGUGGAGCUUCUGAUCAACUUACGCUGUCGUUUCAAGGCGAAGUUUAUGUUUUCGAUGCCGUUUCACCUGAAAAGGUUCAGGCGGUGCUGUUAUUGUUGGGGGGAUACGAAGUCCCUGCUGGCAUCCCUACUGUUAGUGUGGCUCCCCAAAGUCAGAGGGCUUCGGGUGACUUUCCUGGAAGAUUGAAUCAACCGCAAAGAGCUGCUUCUUUAAAUCGCUUUAGGGAAAAGAGGAAAGAACGGUGUUUUGAUAAAAAGAUCCGUUAUACUGUGCGGAAGGAAGUUGCGAUGAGGAUGCAGCGUAAGAAGGGUCAGUUUACAUCUGCAAAGUCAAUAUCUGACGAAGCAGGUUCUUCUUCUGCAGAUUGGAAUGAAGGCUCUGGUCAAGAAGAACAGGAAACAUCAUGUAGACAUUGCGGUAUUAGUUCGAAAUCCACUCCUAUGAUGCGCCGUGGACCAGCUGGCCCAAGGUCUCUUUGUAAUGCAUGUGGACUCAAGUGGGCUAAUAAGGGAAUUUUAAGAGAUCUUUCUAAAGUUCCAACUCCUGGAGCUCACGACCAAACUGCGAAAUCUGGUGAACAGAUCAAUGGUGAACCCAAUGGCUCGGACGCCAUGGCUGCUGCUGCUAUCAUCACUCCAGACGGCGACAACAGAGUUGUCACUGCUGAACGGAGUGAAUUUGUUUGUUUCUGGAAGAAGGGAAAAAUGGAAGUAGUAGGGUUUGAGGAGGAGUAUGGAAUUAGAGUAGAUGAAGAAUAUGGAUUUGAGGCAAUGAGUGAGGUUACUAUUUCCUUCCAAGGCCAACUUUAUGUAUUCCCUGCUGUUACUCCCAAAAAGGUGCAAGCGGUACUGCUAUUAUUAGGAGGUUCUGAGAUGGCUAGUAGUUAUGUACCUAGCUCAGAUUCUCUUGCACUGCAAACUACGAAGAGUGUUGAUAAUGAUGCCUUCACCAGGCCAAACAUUUCUCGGAGAAUUGCAUCUCUGAUUAGAUUCCGUGAGAAGAGAAAAGAGAGAUGCUUUGAGAAAAAAAUUCAUUAUACUUGUCGGAAAGAAGUUGCACAGAGGAUGCAUCGUAAAAAUGGACAAUUUGCCUCUUUAAAAGAGGGUGAAUCUACGGCUGUUGACAAUAUUGAUUCAGGGGACAGUACUCCUCAUCCUGAACCUACACUACGAACAUGUCACCACUGUGGUACUGGUGAAAGUGAUACCCCUGCCAUGCGGCGGGGACCAUCAGGCCCUAGAACCCUCUGCAAUGCCUGUGGGCUUAUGUGGGCAAACAAGGGUAUGUUAAGAGAUAUUACAAAGGGAGGGAGAUGUGUACCCUUUGACAAAGGCGAGCCAGACAGUCCUGAUAUCAAGCUGUCUACUGUUGCCCCUGAGAAUUCUUAUCUAAAGCAGCAUCAAGAGGGAAGUUCAGGAGAGACAAAGACACUGCUAAUGGAGACUGAAAAUCCUUCAGUUACACCUGGUAAGCUGCAGGAUAAUCUCGACGAACUUGCAAGUGCUUCUGGUACCGAGUUUGAGAUUCCUACAAGCUUUGAUGAACAGAUUGGCGUUGAUUCACAUAUGGGUGCUGACUGGCCUGGGACAUGACAUUCAUGGUUCCAAGUGGACGCAGAGCGUGAAUAUUCUAAACAAUACUACCUGUAAUCUUAAAAAAUUGUAAAGCAUCUGUCAAUAUAAACCAAGAGCUCGCUUGUGUUUGAUAGGGGUAAGGAUUUAGGAGGUGCUAGAUAUUUGUAUAUAGCUAUGUAUUUCUCGAAUUUAAUUUUUUUUCCUGUCCCCCCUCUUAUUAUUGGUCCUAAGAAAAAUUAGACGUUAGAAGAGAAAAAAGGGGAAAGGAGCAGGAAGAAAUUGCUAACAAAAAGAAUUGCCUAGUUUUGGAUUA